AUGCCUGAACCCAGCCAGAGUCCCUCAGACUUGCUCAACAAAGGGUCCGUUGACUUGGCCCCUUAUGAAGAUCUGUACAAAUGGUUUCACACCCAUCCCGAGCUCUCGCUGCAAGAAAAACACACUUCUGAGAGAGUCGCUGCCCACUUGACCAGUCUCGGGGCAUUUGACAUCCAGACGCACAUCGGAGGCUAUGGAGUCGUCGGUGUUUUGCGAAAUGGUCCUGGCAAGACGAUCAUGCUGCGCGCGGACAUGGAUGCUCUGCCCGUCAAGGAGAUCACCAAUCUGCCUUAUGCCAGCGAGGUGACCAUGCUCAAUGGCGACGGGGUUGAACAGCCGGUGAUGCAUGCCUGCGGCCAUGAUAUGCACAUGACCUGCCUUUUGGCGACGGCAGAAACUCUCGUGAAGAUGCAAGAUGCGUGGAGCGGCACUCUGAUUGUGGUUUUUCAGCCGAAUGAGGAGCGUGGCGGGGGUGCCCAAGCCAUGGUGGAUGAUGGAUUAUACUCGAAGAUCCCCGUGCCAGACUACAUCUUCGGCCAGCAUGUCAUGCGUCUUCGUGCCGGCACUGUCGGUUGCCGACCGGGCACCCUCAUGGCGGCGGCAGAUAGUAUGAACAUCACCGUCUUUGGCCGGGGAGGACAUGGUUCUCUACCUCAUCAGGCGGUGGAUCCGGCCGUUUUGGCCGCCCAUAUCGUGGUGCGACUCCAGAGUAUCGUCAGCAGAGAAGUGGAUCCCAGUGAUCUGGGCGUGGUCACGGUGGGCAGUCUUCACGUCGGACAGGCCGAAAAUAUCAUCGCCGAUCGAGCAGAGAUUGGACUCGACUUGCGGACCGUCAAAAUCGAGACCCGACAGCAGAUUCUUUCGGCUGUGCAACGCAUCGUGGAGGCCGAAUGUAUGGCGAGCGGGUCCCCUCGCCCGCCCAUCUUCACUCCAACUCGUCGGUUCCCACCGACGGACAAUGAUGCCUAUCUCGCCGCCGAGCUGGCCACUUCUUUCCAGCAGCAUUUCCACGAGCAUUUCGAUGGUGACAUUCCUCGAACCAACGUGAGCGAGGACUUUUCCAAUCUCGCCCGCUGCAAAGACUUGCCAUGCUGCUUCUGGCUGGUCGGUGGAAUUGACCCGGAGUUAUGGGAUCGCGUGCAUGGAGACGAGACCGUGACCGAAGACAUUCCCAGCAAUCAUUCUGCUCGCUUUGCCCCCGUCAUUCAGCCCACAAUGAAGGCGGGAGUCGACGCGUUGUGCAUUGCCGCGUUGACUUUUCUCAAGAAGUAG